UUCGUAGACUUUUCCUACAAUUGAUUUACUUGAAUAUAUUUUUCAAUCAGUUACGUGCCCUCUAUUCUCGCAUAAAACCAAUUUUUUCUUCUGAUUUUUUUCUCUCAAUUAAAUAAUAAGUCUAUAUGGUAACAAUUUAAAUAUAUCAAAAGAAAAGUAAAACUAUUUAUCAAAAUAAAAGUGUUGUAAUAAUUUGUUGAUUGAGUAUUCAUCAUGGAAUGAUAUCGAAAGUAAAAGCCCUUUAGUUCCACCGCGCGGUGGUACUACUUUACAAAGAAGUGCAACACUUCCAGCCAAUCCAAAACUAGCUAAGAGAACUGUUCCCAUUCGUGUUAGAUCGCCAUCGACAGACCAGAAUAAUCACCAAAAUAUAACAAUGACGUCAGAAGACUUAUUACAACCAGGCCACGUUGUUAAAGAACGUUGGAAGGUUGUACGGAAAAUUGGUGGUGGUGGAUUCGGUGAAAUUUAUGAGGGACAAGAUCUGAUAACUCGUGAGCAAGUAGCACUCAAAGUUGAAUCCGCUCGUAUGCCUAAGCAGGUUCUUAAAAUGGAAGUAGCUGUUUUAAAGAAGCUGCAGGGCAAAGAGCAUGUAUGCCGUUUUAUUGGCUGUGGCAGAAAUGAUCGAUUCAAUUAUGUUGUAAUGCAAUUGCAAGGAAAAAAUCUAGCUGAAUUGAGGCGUAGUCAACCGCGUGGUGCUUUUUCCUUGAGUACCACGCUGAGAUUAGGCAUUCAAAUAUUAAAAGCUAUUGAAUCGAUUCAUUCUGUUGGAUUCUUACACCGAGAUAUUAAACCGAGCAAUUUUUCUAUGGGUCGCUUACCGUUUAAUAACCGUCGUGUAUAUAUGUUGGACUUUGGAUUAGCACGUCAAUAUACAACAACAAGUGGAGAAGUGAGAUGCCCAAGAGCAGCAGCCGGUUUUCGCGGUACUGUUCGAUAUGCAUCAAUUAAUGCACAUAGAAAUCGAGAAAUGGGUCGUCAUGAUGAUCUCUGGUCAUUAUUUUAUAUGCUAGUCGAAUUUGUAAAUGGACAAUUACCUUGGAGAAAAAUCAAGGAUAAGGAACAAGUUGGUCUCAUGAAAGAGAAAUAUGAUCAUAGACUUUUAUUAAAGCAUUUACCAUCAGAUUUCAAGCAAUUUUUAGAGCACAUACAGUCACUUAGCUAUGCUGAUAAACCUGAUUAUGGUAUGUUGGCAUCACUAUUUGAGCGUUGUAUGAAACGUCGUGCAAUUAAAGAAACUGAUCCAUAUGAUUGGGAAAAGACAGAGCAGCUGUCGCAAAUCAAUAAUCAAGUUAAUUGUUCAUCGAUAUUGAACAGUAAUGCGCAAGCGAAAAAUGACGUUACAAAUACUAAUCAUGCCGUGCCACAAGUUACAGUUCAAGCAUCAAAUAUUAGCAGUGUUGAACAAAAACAGCGUAAUAAAUUGGAUAGUGAUAUGAUGAAUAAUGUUGCAGCUACAACUGAGCCUGUUCGAGCUAUUGAAAAGGUCAAAAGUGAUAAAAAUCAAAAUGUCAAUAUAGGACAGGUUGUUUACAAGACAUCACCAAAACAGAAUAAUUCAGAAAAACAAGAAAAUCCAAUUGUGAUGGAAAAGACACCUCCAAUACCAAUAAAACAAUUUAUUAUUCAGCAAGAACAGGCACAAACUCCCGAAACAGAUGGUGAUUUAGAUUAUCCAAUGAUGCAUAAACUACAAAAAACAGCAUCAGAGGCUAUGAUAAGAGAACAUCGCCAUCAUCCACCAGCAAAUAAGCCAACCGAUAAUGUUAUUAUGAAUGAAAUGAAAAAAGCAGCUAGUCCCGUUAAACGUCGUUCAACAUCGCAAGUUGAGAACGAUGCUGAAAAGUCAAACAAUAAUAAUAAUAACAAUAAUAAUGAGAAUGUUAAUCCUAUUCAAAUAAAACAGGAGAAGACAACAUAUGGGCGAUUGAGAGUACUUACAGCACCUCCAACAAGUGUGGCAAAUGUUCAUGAACUGGCACAAGAGAGUACAGGAUCUCCACGUGACAGUGAAAAUGUUCCAUUCCAGUAUGAUGUAAAAAUUGUCGGUGGUAAUGAAAGUAGAAAAGGACAAAGACGUCAUCGUCCAAAUUCUGGCUCAAGUGUUAAUUUACAACGACUAAAUAGUGCUUCGGCUACAACACGCGAUCAUUCAAUUACACAAUUUGCAUUGAUUGAUGAUGAAAACAUUUCAGCACUCCAAAACAUGACCAAGGGUGGUGGUGGAGGAUUGACACUUGCCUCUCAAUGGAAAUCACAGUUUGAUGAUUCGGAAGAGACAACAGACAAUGAAUGGAAACAAGAACCACAGAGUCCAGAGCAUCAGAAAAUUCAAUACAUACAGCAGCACCACAAAGAACAACAUCCACAUUAUCACACAUUGCCUAGCAAGCACCAUCAAAGCAAUAAUAGUCAUGAUCAUGUGGUUCAUAUCAAAUCAUCGGCUACUCAACCACAAUCUUUGCAAAAUACCCCAUCACAGCCAAUUGCACCACUUUCAUCACAACAACUUCAUCAUCAGCUACAAAAAGACACAAAUCAAACACGAGAAUUUUAUAUUCAGCAUAGAUCAAGAUCUAGAGAAGAUCCAUUAUUAAAAUUAAAAUUGAAGAAAAAGAAAAAAUGCCAUCUUAAUAUUGCUGGUAUUGAGAGCUUUCCAAACAUUCAGGAUCAUUUGCCACGAUGCUGGUCAGAACCGGCUUUAGGAAAUAUUUUACGUCAUAAUCUCGAGCCUCCAUUAUUGCAACAGGCUGCAUUUGAUGAUACGAUUUUCAAAAUGGACGUAAAUCGUAAUGUUGGAGUACGUGAUAUUUGCAAUGAUGAUAAUGGUCCAUCGCCAUGCCAGCCAUUUGCAAAACUCUUCCAAUAUAAAAGUCUCCCAAAUAUUGCAUUUGCUGAAUAUGAAUUAAAAAUGAGUCCCAAGAUUCGUGAAACUGAAACCACAUUCUAUUAUCGUGCAUCGAGUGAACCAAAUAAUAACUAUAUUUCAAAUCCAUGCAUUUUAGCAGAUAAAGAGAAUGGUGUAAAUGAGGCGACAAAUGACCAACAGGAGGAAGAAGAGCAGCAUGCUAUAAGUGGACGUUUGGAGAUACGUGUUUUGAGCAAAGAUAAAAUUUCAAAAGAAGCUAGUCCAAAUCCAGAAGAAUCAAUUUAUUUUGAUGCCGUUGUUACAAAUGGACCUCAAACUAAUCCUACUUCCAUUGGUGAUGUCGCAGACGAAUCAAAGUUAAAAGGUGAUGAACAAAAAAAGGAAAAUGUUCAAUAUGAAGAGGAAUUUAUAUGGAUCAAUAAGAAAGAGCCUCAAGAGAAGAAAUAUGACAUAAAAGUAUAUGAAGAUAGUUUAAAAAUUCAAAAAUAUAAAAUCGUGACUGUGGAUAAAUCUGAUGAUGCACUUGAUGGGCCAGAUGAGGAUGAAAAAGAGGAUGAUGGCAAGGAGAAAGAAGUUGGUGAUAUUGAGGUCAAAGAAGCAGAAAGUGAUAAUAAAAUUGAUGAAUGUGCCCAAGCAGCAGGAACAUCUUCAAUAGCAGCUACUAAUCUUCAAAAUGAUCGUGAAGACAUAGAAAGCACAACUGACAAUCGCAUAGAUAAUGAGCGAUUGAGAGAUUGUAGUAAUAGUAGUAAUAGCAAAAUUCCAGUAUUCAACCCUUCCGGGUCUUCACGUAUGCUUUCACAGAGAUCGUCAUGGGCUGGAGUUGAGGAAGGUCCUGAUAUAUCGGAUUUGACACCAGGAUUACGUCGACGUAGACAAAAUGCUGAGAAAUAUGUCACAGAUCCAUCACAACUAAAUCUUAGAUUUACAAGGCCAAAAUCACGUCCUGUCAUUAGAACUCGCGGCAUUCCAUCACAUCUAUUGGGCGCACAGCCAAACGGCCGACAAGAGGUGCCGCUUAAUGAUACUGAAUACAAUUCAUCAGACACAAGUGUCGAGGACAGUAAAAUACAAUUUCAAAAUAAUUUACGUAAAUUUAAAGCAAAAUGUGAUAAUGAAUUGGAAAAGUUAUUGGAGAAGUGUGAGAGUCGUAGAAAAACACAUGACAGAAAAUUUUUCGGGAGCGGCGGCAUUGAUAUAGGCACAUCAUCAUCAUCACGUUUGUUGAUGAGCGAUUUGACAACACGAAAUAUUCGUCGCUUUGAUAGUGCUAACAACAAUAGUAAUAAUCUAAAUAAUAGUAGCAAUUUAGUGGCAAAGGAUGAUGAUGAAAAUGGAGGUAGUGGGGGAGGGGGAACAUGAAUAAAAGUAUCAGUGACUUACGAUAAUGAUAUUGGACUAUUAAUAUGAGAAACUGAGAUACAUACACAUAAUUAUAGUCUGGUGACAAGACACAUGCUAUAUUAUGCGUAAAUCAAAUUAUAUUCCCUAAUAAAAUAUUGAUAGUAUAUUUUGUGCUUGUUGAUUCGCCAAAGCCAGCUCCGCAAAUGUAAAUUUUAUGAGCUUUGACAAAUCAGACAAUGUGAAGCUUUUAUUCGUGCGACGAUCGCUCUCUUUCAAUUUCUGUAUCUCAAAAAUUUCCGUACUAACGUUUCCUCACUACAUUCAUUCAUGCAUCAGCAUCUUUAUAAUUCUUCUUUUCUUCGACAUAUUAAAUAUAUUUAUAUUAUACAUACAUUGUAUGUAUAAAACCAUAUGAAGAAGAUGGAAUCAAAUGAUAUUUAAGGAUAUUUUACAUAAAUACACGUUUAAAACACAUAAAGUUAAACUUUUAUGAUUAGUCAAGUGAAAAGAAAAAAAGAGGAAAAUCAAAUCGUUUUGGUCUGUCAUUUUCUAGUCAACUAGUCAGUAAAUCAUUAUAUAAAGAGAAGAAGGAAAAAAAUAAACUCAUAAUGUUUCUUUUUCUUUUUCUUCAUUUAUUCUAAAAGAAAUAUCGAAGAAAAAAAGAAGUAAAAAUUCAUAAACACACAAAAAAAACCAACAUGACAUGCAUAACAUUAUAUAAAUACAUAACAUUGAGAUCAGCAAAAAAAAUAUUGUUCUAUUUAUAUGAUAAUAUCAAAAAAAAAAAUCUAUAAGAAAGUAAAAACAAUGAAAUGAAAAGCAGUAAAAAAUGAGAAAAUGAAAAAGAGAAUUAAAUUAAAUCAUUGACAUUGCAAGGAUAUUUAUAUAAAUAAAUUAAAUAUAAAUCAGUUUUUGAAAUAAUAAAUUAUUAAUUAAUUUAUAAUUAUAAAAAAGUUUAUUCACACGCUUAAAACUAUUUGACAAAAAUUAAAAAAAAAUAAUUCUGUAAAUUAUUGAAAAAAAAAUAAUGAUGGUGAAAAGUUUAUUAUAUAAAAUGAAAUGAAGUGAAUAAUUUUAAGUAGCAUAUAUUAGAAUUUAAAAAAUUGGAUGCAACUACUGCUAAAGGUAAAAACAUAAAAAAAAUAAUGAUACAAAAGAAGAAAUUGUGACAAAAUAUUUUUUGAAGUGGAUUAAAAAAGUUGAAAAUUUUUCUAGAAAUUCACAAAAAUUUUCUCUUAGAGAUUAAAAUUCCCCAAAAUAAUUGAUACUUUAUACAAAUAUCUCUCUAAAUCAAAAUAAAAAUAUAUGCACUCUCGAGAAGGUUUCAGAAGUUCGUUACUGACACAAAAAUAUGAAGCAGCUUAAAAGAAAAUAUAUUUAUUAAUACAAACUUGAUUAAAUUGUAAUAAUUAAAAAUGAAAAAGCACUUUAUCUUCUCGAGAGUAUGCAUAUAAAAUACAGGAGCGAAUAAUGAGCAGUCAUGAAUGAAUCGUCCAUUAAACGGAAAAUCUAUAUUUUGAUAUUUUUGAAGAUACUCAAAAACUUACCUUUUUGUAUUUUUAUUCCCAAAGAACUUGAUUUUUAAGGACCUGCUUCCAUCCAAAAUUUAUACUUGUUAUUAUUUAACCAAAGAUUAUCGUACUGUUUGGGCUGUUUAAGAUAUAAUUUUAUUAAAUGACUUUUUUUAUUAUUUGUUAAUCUUUUUUUCUCGAAUUAACAAUUUGGAAAUAUUAACACCAAAAAAUAUUGACAUUAAAAUGUAAUCAGUAUCAAAGCGUUCGCAUUUAAAUAUUAUUUCUUGAAUUGAAUUCAAGAAUGUUAAAUUUUUAAAAAGCACUUUUAAUAAUGUUUAUUUAUCAUCCAUAAAAUGCACAAUUAUUUUCUUAAUUAAAAAGAAGAUAAGUUCUUGAUAUUAUAAUUUCUAAAGAAUCUCAUAGUCAGUUGUCGAAUGAUUGCUUUAUCCCAGAGUAGGUUCUACCUAGUGUCCUGUAGUAUUUACUUGAUCUAUAGGACCGCUAAAGUAUGCCAAUGGCUAGACUUUAAAUAUAAUAUACUCUUAGAUCCAGCAAGCAUCAGACUCCAGGAAUUUUAAUGAACAAAUUUAAACAAAUUUAGAAGUUUUAGUUUUAUCUUUUUCUAAUUAAAUUAAAGAAAGCUUAAAAAAAGUGUCAAGAAAGCGUCUUUGCAUUUUUUUCGUCAAAUGAUUUCUACUCUUAAAAUACCUGCAAAAAAAAAAUAUAAAUUACAGAAAAAAGUUUGCACUAAUCCAUAAACAAAAAUUGAAGACGAAAAUAAUCAAAAUACUGUCUACUUAUUAUAUUUAUUGAAAUAAAUAUUAAAUAUAAAAAUGUAAAAAUUUUCAAACAAAUAAAAAAUUGCAAAAAUAAAAAAUAAAUAGAAAAUGAUGAAAAACUCGGCAAAGAAUUUUUUGGAUGACAAAAAAAGAUGGAUCGUAAUUUUUAUAAAAUGAACUCUAUCCUUUAUUAUGUAAUAUUGAUGAAAAGUAUCUAGUGAAAAGCAAAAAAAAAUCAGUGAAUGUUGUCAAAUAAAACAUAAGCAAAGAGAAACAAUUCUUAAGUGAAGAUGAAAAAAAUGCUUUAAAUGUAGUUAAAUGUAAUAUUUUUUUGUUUCUUUCUCCAAAUUUUAAAAGCAAAUUUUUGAUUAAUAAAAUAAUGUUUCAAUUUCCAUUUGUUAGAAAUGAAAACCACUUUUUUCUCUUGAUGAAAAAUACAGGAGACUCAAAAAAAUAUAUAAAACGGAUAACCGCUAGAAAUUUCUUUAUUCUGCAUGAUUUUUUUCCUUCAAACAAACCAACUGAAAAUUCUGUUCUUUAAGAAAAUUUUAAAAACUAAAUGCAAAUGAAUAAAUAAUAUAUUUCGCAGUAGAUGAGAGUUUUGCAUUAAUUCUGACGAUAGUCAACGUCAUUAAAGCAAAAAACCUUCUUUUUAAUUUGCAUUGAAAAUAAAAAUCAAGAUAUUAAGUAAAUAUUAAAAUGAAAACAAACCAUUUAAACUCGUGCAAUGAAAUCAUGAAUGUGGUGCGAUAAACGCUAUGUACUCGUAGUUUAAAUUCAAAAAAGUUAUAAAAAUGAUGAAUAAAUGAAGUAAAAUAAAAAAAAUUAAAUCAAAAAUAAACAUGAAAAGGUUCGAAAAAUAUUUAAUUUUUUAGAAUUCAUUAAUGAAUGAGGAAAUAAAAAAAAAUAAAAAAGGGUUUUGUGAAAGCAUUGAAAGUUCAUUAAAUUUGAACAAAAAAAUUAAUACAAAUAAAAAUGAUGAAAAUCUUAAAA